AUGGGCAAGCUCAAGUCUUCAUUGAAGGCUUGGUGCCACAGCCUCAUCCCGCUCCUGCUCCUCGCUCUUGCGAUCAAUGUCUGCCAGGCUCGUGGCAGAGACCACGAGAAGCGGGACGAUCUCACCGAAUCACUCGCCUCAGCCGAUCCCACCGACGGAACCAGUCUUUCCCUCUCUACUUCUGAACUCCAGGAAGGUCGCGUUGUCACUCGCAUUGUGACUACCUCUAUUCUCAUCACGAUUCCCUGUGGCGCCUCUGAGGGUUCUUCUUCCUUCAGUUCGGACCUGAUUACUACCCAGUCCUCGUCCCACUACCUCAAUACGACUAGAGGUUCUGGGAGCAGCCUGGCUCAAUCCUCGAAUCCUACAGUCGUCCAUUCUGUUGCCUCUUCCAGUCAUACCACCUGGAACACGACUGCAGUCAACCUUGGAUCCUCGUCGAUUACCUUGAACUGGAACUCUACAAUUGCCGGUCCAGUCGUCUCUUUGUCAUCUCCUGGCUCCUCUAUCCAGAGUCCCCAGCCAACCAGUUCAGGAACGACAUCUACCAAGACCGGGAACGGGGAUACGUCGGUAUCGUCUACCGAAACAUCCUCCACCUCCCAAGAGAGCCAGCUUGGUAGCAUAGGUGACACUGUCCCUGCCUCUUCGCUGCAGACAUCUUUGUCCGAUGGUGGUACAGCUCGGACCUCUCGUGUCACCACAGGCCCCGACCAGACCCCGAAGUCAACCACCGCACCCCAAUCAGUUCAAUCAUCCAGCAGCAUCUCGAGCGCUUCUAGCUCUAUCGAGAAGUCAAACUCAGAUGUAUCCCCAGGCACAAAUAUCGUCAAUAUGCCUCAGACAUCUCUGUCUGGCACUGAUCGCAAAGUUGAGACUUCAUCCACGCCGGGAUCUGCCUCAAGUGGUAGCAGCGCUCAUGCAACGACCACUUCCCCGUCUACAACAGAGAAUGGCCCGCAGCCUACCACAGCUCCCAUCGUCUCUACCGAAAAGGAUCAGGCGUCAACCAAGAAGGGCGAUGAUGAUGAUGAUGGCAAGAAGUCUACCAAGAAGGGUGAUGGUGGUGAUGACAAGACCUCUACCACCAAGGGUGAUCACGACGACAAAUCCACCAAGGCAUCCCCGGGCAGUACGCAAGACAGCGCCGCCUCCUCCACGCAGCAUGCCUCUUCUACUGAGCACUCUCCUACUUCAACCUCAACUGCUGCGCCCGGAAGCAGUGGAACAAGCGGCCCCGGUUCCACGGUCGCUUCUUCUACCUCUUCAGAAAAUGGAGACUUCACAUCGUUCUACGUUACUGCCACGAUCCAGCCUCCUGACGAUACCAAACCUUUCACUUGGGUUACCUGGAAGUCUACCGAGGUGACGAAGAGAACGACUCGCGAUGGUCAGGCCUGGCCUACAAUCUUUCCCGCCUGGUCUUGCAUCGGAGGACAGCUUCUAUGUCAUCCGAGGUGCAUCAUUCCUAUUAUCCUCUGCGAUCUCCCAGCCAUCAAACUUCCAGGCCCUCUCGGUUUCCCUUGGGCCAAGCCGCCUCCCAGGAAGCCCAAAGGUAAGCCUCGCAAAGUUAGAAAGGACGACCCUACCGAUCCCGAAGACCCCGAGGACGACGAAUCAGAGCCCUCCGAGACACCUACUUCUUCAUCUGAAGCUUCAUGCACAGCAACUACCACCGUCUACCCCGACUGCAACCAAGGAUGUACCGCCAGUCCUGUCGUAGGUUCUGACUCGUCUACGAGCUUUACCACCAGCUGUAACACGGCCACCUGCAGACCCUCUAUAGUCUGUAGCACCACCGUCGAUACUACUACAACGACGACCAUCACGACUGUGUCAGUGACUCCUAUAGAAAGCUACUGUGGUGGCGUUGACUCGAGCUGCUCAACCUGCAAGAACAAGAGAUCAGAUCUUUCGAAACGAUCCGAAUACGUCAAGUGGGAUCCUCAGCCAGACCCUGAGAUUCUCGGUGGACCUGAAGGACUCCCCGACGUUUCUUGGGAGAAGUUGCCGAGAAAUAGUCCCGAACAACGAACAUGGUUUAACCGCGCUUGGAAGUACUUGGCUCACUACUGCGAUGGUCUGGAUCAUUGGAGACCUCUUGGCAAAUUUGUUGGCAGAGAGAGAUUGAAGGUCGGCUAUUCCACAAUGCAUGCCGAUGUCUGGGGAGACAAGCCUCUGAUGGGAGGUACCGGGCCUCUCUGGGGCUGUAGUGGAAUCAUCAUCAUUACGAAGAGAGGCAUCUACACCAGUCACGUCUGGGAGGUUCCCAACUUCUGGCCCGAAGGAUUUGGCGAGUACGACAUUGAUAAGGAGUUCCGAGAGGGCGUUCUCGAGUUCUUGGAGACGGGCUCAGGUGAUCGACCUGGUGACGGACCAUUCAUCCCCAACCCAAAAAGGCCGAAUGACCCUGAAAAGCCUGAACCCGGCAAACCGUGGCCAGAUACCGAAGACGGUACCAGGGGUCAGUUACAGACACCUUAUCCUGGAAUCAAGCAACUGAAAGAGACGACCCCGAUCUUCGACAACAUCCCCGAGGACACUCUUCAAGUCAUCUAUAUCUACCCCCUUACCGGUGGACAAUGGACCAACCAGGUGCCCCCGAACUAUCCCGACUACUUGCCACCUAGACAUCCCAACCGGCUCCAAGAAUGGAAGGAAUGGGUCUCGAACCGCCUUGGCUUUCCCGCGGACAGGGUCACCAAUAUCGGAUACCAUAAAGGUCCUAGUUACUGGCCCAAUGCUGGCGCGGAAAAUCCGAUGACCAACUAUGUCCCGCCCUUCGGCCUCGUUUGGUGGCAGUACCAUCCAGCUCACGUCGUCGAGGUACUUCCCGACGGCACGCACAUCCGCAAGCCAACUAUCAGGGUCUAUUGGGAGGACUAUAAGGAGUACGAAGUCUCUUGGUGUCCCCCGGGUACCGAAAUGAAGCGUGAUGAGAAUGGGAGCGAGUCAUGCCCAAUGCCCGCCGACCCUGCAAAGUCGUCCGCCGCGGCUUCUGGUGGCUCAGCUUCGGCUUCCGGUUCUGUCCCCGCUUCAGCGUCUGCCUCGGCCGGCUCCCCUGGUAGUCAGUCCGGUCAAGCCUCAACGUCUGGUUUCCCUGGCAGUCAAUCCUCCGAUCGAGCCUCGACAUCUCCUUCCACUGUCGGCAACACUUCUUCUUCCAAGAGCAAGGUUGUUGUCUGGGUCACCGCCACUGCCGAAGUGACCGUCACCAACGACAUUGGUGUCACACUGACUGUCAUGCCCUCGGCCGCCGCUCCAACCUCUACAGCUGAGAUCUGGCGCAUCGCCCGCAUUACUCAGGACAUUACUUUGGGUGAUGGCAAUUCGAAGCACACCGCGACAGUCAGUAUUGUCCAAGUCGAGGAAGGAAAGGAGAUCAACGUUGUUACGAACAGGGACAGCGAUGGCGGAGGCCCUGUCAAGCUUCCCAGUGAGCUUGUCACAACUGACAACUCGGGCGGCAAGUUGACCAUCUCUUUCAAGGAUGGUGAUCAGCCUUACGAGCUCAAGUCAGAGAUUGGUGGUCAAACCCAGGAAUGGUCCAUGAAGCAAUGGGGCAACAGGAUCGCCAACGGUCCUUGGUGCAAGAUCAUCAAGAACACGACGGGCGAGGGCGUAGUGAAGCGGUCCGCGGAGUGUCACUACCGUGCUUUUGGCCAGUAG